CUCAUAUCUGAAUAUUGAAUUCUUAGUAUAGAUUUAAGCUUCGAAGGAAUUUGCGAUUAAUUAUUGAAAGGCUUUUGUUAUUGAUUAUCUUAUUUACAAAAUAUGUCAUACCAGCAAAGUGGAAUGCCAGAUCAAACGUUUCUUUGGGACGUAUUUCAAAGGGUUGAUAAAGACAGAAGCGGGCAUAUAUCGGCAGAUGAGCUACAAGUGGCCCUUUCUAAUGGCACGUGGUCUGCUUUCAACCCGGAAACAGUCCGACUUAUGAUUGGGAUGUUUGAUCGGGAAAAUAGAGGAACGGUUUCAUUUCAGGAUUUUGGAGCGCUGUGGAAAUAUGUAACUGAUUGGCAAAAUUGUUUUCGUUCGUUUGAUCGUGAUAAUUCCGGGAACAUUGAUAAGCAAGAACUUAAAACCGCACUGACUUCUUUUGGUUAUCGUCUGUCUGAUCAUCUCAUUGAAAUUUUACUUCGAAAAUUCGACCGGUUUGGCCGAGGAACUAUUCUUUUUGAUGAUUUUAUACAAUGUUGUAUUGUCCUCUAUACGUUAACUACAGCCUUCCGGCAACAUGAUACCGACAUGGAUGGUAUCAUCACAAUCCACUAUGAACAGUUUUUAAGCAUGGUUUUCUCACUUAAAAUAUAAUAAUGUUUUGACUAAAUUUAUAACACAAAAUGUAUCUUUAUUAUAUGUAUAUAAAUGUAAAUAAUGAGAGUGACUCAAACUUUUUGACGACACUUGGGAAAUUGAUAUCCCAACCUCAAUAACAAUCUUAAGCAUACACAUACUUUUAAAUAUAUAAUACUGAUCAAAUAUAUUUGAUUGCUUAUACAAAGAAAAGCAUUUGUUUGUUAGCAACAUAAUGCCAUUCGAUACUUUAAUAUUCGCGAUUGAGCUCUUGUUUAGUGAGAAAGAGCAUAUUUUUACCAUUCAACAAAAAGUCACAUGUCAUUUAAAUCUCACUUGUUGUUUUGUUAAGUCAAUCGCGAGUUACUUGAUAUCAAUGCAAAAAAAAGCCAAACCAUAUGUAUUCGCUCGUUGGCACACGCAUAUUAACAGUUUAAGCCCAUGCGCCAUGCAUGCCAUUCGCCGCCGUUCACUGUUUUAGGCUAGCCAGCCGUAUCUUUCGGCUGAAAUCCGGCGACAAAUACAAAAUAAAAGCCGAUACCCUGCUGAUAAAAGAUUGUAAUCUAAAUAUCCUAAACGACCUGCUAAGAGAAACACAAUAGCUCGUAAGAGUACUGGCGAAUGGUGUAGGAAUGAUGACGAGCAAGAUGAAGCAUUUGGACAGCAUUUACACUCAGUAUUUCAGUCAAAUGAUUUUGCUGAUAUAUUCAGACUCUAAUAGAAAGGGAAGUAGAGUUUUCUAGACUCACCCUGUCAAA